AUGGAGUUUAAUUCCCUUGAUGAGUUUAGAGAAGCUAUACGUGAGUGGUCAGUAUUUAAUGGUAGGGAAAUAAAGUUUGUGAAAAACGAGAGCUACAGGGUUAGGGUGGAAUGUAGGACCAAGUGUGGGUUUUUAAUACUUUGUUCAAAGGUGGGCCACAAACAUACUUUUGCUAUAAAAACAAUAGUUGAUAAGCACACAUGUGCUAGGGUUCUAGACAAUAGAUCUGCAAGCUCAAGGUGGGUGGCCAAGGCUGUUGUAAAAAAGAUGCAAACAUCACAAAGUGUUAGGAUUACUGACAUUAUUCAAGACUUGAGGCAGAAUUUUUCUGUGGGCAUCACUGUUGCAAGGGCAUGGAAGGCAAAGCUCAUAGCCAAGAGGAUACUUGAGGGAGAUGCAGAUAGGCAAUAUGCUGAUUUGAGGAGGUAUGCAUCUGAGCUACAUAGAGUUAACCCUGGAAAUACUGUGAGUAUCACUGUCAACAGACCUAGUCCAUCCAUACAACCAAGAUUUGGGUCCUUUUACUUUUGUUUUGAUGGUUGCAAAAAGGGGUUCACUAAUGGCUGCAGACCCUUCAUUGGGGUAGAUGGGUGUCACUUGAAAACAAAAUAUGGUGGUCAGUUGCUAAUUGUUGUGGGUAGGGACCCCAAUGACCAGUAUUUCCCUCUAGCAUUUGGAGUUGUUGAAAUAGAGAAUAAGGAAACUUGGAAAUGGUUUAUUGAUUUGCUUAUGGGUGACAUUGGGCAGGACAACAGAUAUGUGUUUAUAUCUGACCAACAAAAGGGACUAGUUUCAGUUUUUGAAGACAUGGGUGAAAGGGUGGAACAAAGACUGUGUUUGAGACAUCUAUAUGCUAACUUCAAAAAGAAAUUUGGUGGAGGAGCAUUGAUAAGGGACUUGAUGAUGGGGGCAGCAAAAGCAACAUACUACCAAGGAUGGAUGACCAAGAUGAAUGAGCUAAAAGAACUUGAUCCAAAGGCAUGGAGUGAAGUUAUCCCUACUGAUGCAACACAAGCAAGUGAAGUUAUCCCUACUGAUGCAACACAGGCAACAGAAGUUAUCCCAACUGAUCCAGCUCAGACUGACUAUUUUGAUGGAAUUUCUGAUGAUAUCAUAACAAGCCUACCAGACAUCACCACUGCACAGAAUUACAAAGAGGCCAACAAGAAAAAGAAAUUAGUGAAAGAGCUCAAGCCAAUGAGAAAGAGGUCAAGUGAAAGAAUCAAGAUAAAUUGGUUUAAAAAACCAAAACCAUUUACAGGGCCAGGUUCCAAUAGUGACCAACCAAUGUCAUUGACAGAUGAAGAGGAGGGUAGUGGAUCAAAGAAAUCAAACAAGAAAGCAAAGAAAUAG